CCCAGAGUCACUCACUACCUAGGUACCUACCUACCUUUGUCUGCCCUCUCCCCCCUCCCCCCAAUGUUGAUUUGGUGCCGUCACUGUUUCCUCCCCUUCCAUCCACUUUUUCACUGAACUUAGAGUACACCACACAGUGUCUUAAAUUAAAACGCCCUUCCCCCCAAAAAAGACGCGCAACAUUCGCGACCAUCAUAUCUCAAACCCUGGCACAAUCCCAACGCCUGCCGACAUCUUCACCUCCCGCUACUCUACCAAUUGCCGCCACAACCAAGGCCACAGAUAUUGCAAUCUGUACCCGGACAAACCCAUAUCGAACAAGACCGUCGAGUCCUCCUACGAAAGCGAUCCAACUCUACCCACAAGGUGCAUACACACCCUCAACCAGGACCAGGACCGGUUUGGACCCCGGCACCACCACCGUCCCUACCUGUCGCGUUCACUUGCUCUCCUGCAAAGGACAGGAGUGACGGACAUCGACAUCAGUCAAUCUCGCACCCCCUCCCUUCCCGUCUUGCUUCCUCGCCAAAGACGCACUACCUCUCUGUGGCAUUUACCUGCCCUGGACUUUUGACGUGGUCCAGCCCUCACGAAUCGACGAGACACGACCUCGUCCGCCCCAUUCCUAUCACACGUCUGAGACCGAAUACUUGAACCUACCCUGCCGUCAUUGUCUAUUCCCUCGCGCGAACUGCUCACCACAUCUGUUCGGAAAUUCACAUGCAGAGGUGCCGCAUGCCUAGCCCUAUUACAUCAUGCCCACCUCAGCGAAGCGCUCUCAGCGCACCCGUCGCGACGCCCGCCGCGAUACUUCCCCUGCAAGAGUAGAGGACAGCUCGCCCACUCGCCCAUCCAAACGUCGCAAGAAGGUUGACGAGUCCGCGCCUACCGACGAAGACGAGUCCAGCCUCACUGCCGACCAGUCCGGCCAACCCAUAAGCGACGAUGAUCAACUGCUAGCCCAGGUGGUUCAGCACUUUCAGGUACCCAAGGAAGGCCCUGCACAAGCCAGUAAGGACCAUGCGAAUUCGAUACACGAAGCGAAUGGAAGUGGCGUCCAAGCCUACGCCAAGAUCGCGGCGCAGGACUGGACAUUCUACAUAACCAAACUCAUCGUCAAUAUUGGUCGCCCGUCCGAGGGUGUAACCGAAGACGACGAGGACUUCAUCCAUAUCGACCUUGGUCCGAGCAAGAUGAUUUCGCGACAGCAUGCUCGCAUCUACUUCAGUUCCAAAGAAGAGGUGUGGUACCUCGAGGUCAAGGGUAGGAAUGGUGUGAAGGUGAACAACGUCGGCCUGAAACAGGGAAGUAUGCGUCGACUCGAGGGUGGUGAGGUCCUGGAAGUUGGUGGCACAGAGAUGAUCUUUGUUUUGCCCACCGAGAUUAGCCCCCUUCACAUCGAUCCCCUCUAUCUCAAAAGGGCUGGCCUGUCGCGGCAGCAAAUCACAAGCCCUCAACCUAGAACAGACUUGCCUGAAGAACCCUCAUCAGCACUGGGUUCGACCAUUCGAAGUUCCCGAGGCCAGCAGUUCCGCCAGCCCAUUGCGCCGGCCCCAGCAGACUACAAACGGCCGGGUACACCUCCCUCAGCAAUCCGCGGGAAGCCCACACCCUCGCAGCACAAGUCACCCCAUUAUUCAAGUUCAGGUACUCUGUUACUGAACUCAAAUGACAUUGAUCUCAGUCUCGACGAGAAUAAGCAUAUUAAACCCCAGUACAGCUAUGCGCAAAUGAUCACCCAGGCGAUCAUGAACACGUCAGAGGGAAAACUCAAUCUCAAUGGUAUAUACAACUUCAUCAUGAAUAACUACGCGUACUACAGACACCAACAGGCUGCUGGCUGGCAGAACUCUAUUCGUCAUAACCUGUCUUUGAACAAAGCCUUUGACAAGGUCGCUAGAUCCACGGACGAGCCUGGUAAGGGCAUGAAAUGGCAGAUUGUCCCGGAGGCUCGGGACGAAAUGAUCCGAACCGCGUACAAGGGCGGCCGAGGCGGCCACAGAGGCUCCUCUGCGCCAUCGUCGCCCAGUCAGUUGAACUACAUCACCCACGGGCCAAGGGAUGUGAAUACCAGAGAACCUGCAUCGGCACGGAAGAGAAAAGUCUCGGCGACGGGAUCGCCACCUCCAAGCUCAUCUUUAGCUGCCGUCCAAUCCACCCCGGACCGCAGCACACGUCGCCUUGCCCCUCCAAGUACGGCGUUGACUGUCGACGGAAGCCCUCUUCCGCGACCACGGAAGGGUGGUGCGUCCGCUUCGAAUAGCUUCACCUCGGCCAGCUACAAUGACCAAUCACCGACACUAACUUCGUCUUACCUUCCGGACGAGAAUACCUCCUUUGUGACGCCAGCGCCUCACCGUGUCCAUCCUCGGUUAGCCCCACCUAGCACCGCUCAGCGGCCGAGCCAGCAUAUGCCAACCAGCUCACCAGCGCCGUUCUGGAAGUAUGCAGACAUUGGAAGCACGCCCUUGAAACCCGCUGCCCAUUUCGAUAUGAGCCCAUCCAAACCCUCCUUGGGGGGCAUUCCGCAGAGCAGCAGUCCACCCCCUGCGAAGUCGCCCACUAGUCCCACACGGUCCCAACGUCAGGAAUCAUCACGAGAGGUUCCAAGUGAGCCAUCCAAUCCACCCGAGAUCGAGGAGGAGCAGGGUUUCGAUCUGGCAAAGGGAUUCCAGAGUAUCGGGUCAUACCAUGCUCCUGUGAGUCGGGGAUUGUCCGUAGCUAGCGCUAUGAAUGGCCACACUUGAAAGGAGGAGAGAGGUUGGUUGGCUCUUUGGCCAUGAAUGAUGAAUUCGAUGCCUGUCCCGUUUACGUUCUUGUCGAAUCUUCGCCAUACCAACCA